AUGUCCGGAAGAGGUAAAGGAGGCAAAGGUCUUGGAAAAGGAGGCGCAAAGCGUCACCGCAAAGUUCUUCGUGAUAACAUCCAGGGUAUCACCAAACCUGCGAUUAGGCGUCUAGCUCGCCGUGGUGGUGUGAAGCGAAUCUCUGGUCUCAUCUACGAGGAGACCCGUGGUGUGUUGAAGGUUUUCUUGGAGAAUGUAAUUCGUGAUGCCGUUACCUACACCGAGCACGCAAAGAGAAAAACUGUGACCGCUAUGGACGUCGUCUAUGCUCUGAAACGCCAGGGUCGUACUCUAUACGGUUUUGGUGGAUAA